CCGCCGAAGUCGUCGGAGGUGUUGGGGGGGAGACCAGGACAGCACGGCAGAGCUCCAUCAUGCAGGUGAUCGCGUGCGCGCUCUUGACGCUCGCGACCGCGGGCCGCGCGGCUCCGGAGGCGGCCUCGUGCCCGCCCGCGUGCGAGUGCUCCGAGUGGAGGAGCCGCACCAUCUCCUGCUUUGACAUCGAUAUCCUCCCGGGGUUUCCAGCGAGCACCGAGACGCUGUGGCUCUUCGAAACCCGUCUGCCAUCAGUGCCAACGGAUGCCUUUGCCAGUAUGGUCAACAUUUCAAGAAUAUAUAUAUCUGUGGAUGUGAUGCUGCACAGGCUGGAGAAACACUCGUUUUAUGGCCUGAGGAAGAUCACCCACAUAGAGAUCCGUAACACAAAAAGUCUGACGUACGUUGACCCAGAAGCCUUUAAACACCUCCCAAACCUCAAGUACUUGGGGAUCUUCAAUACUGGCUUGACUUUCUUCCCUGAUUUGAGCAACAUUCAUUCCAACGACAUGAACUUCAUCCUGGAAAUCGUUGACCACCCCUACAUUACCAAGAUCCCGGCCAAUUCGUUCAGCGGCAUCACCAGCGAAGUGCUGACAGUCAUGCUGUAUGGAAAUGGCUUCAGAGAGGUACAACAUCAUGCCUUUAAUGGGACGAAUGACCUCCACAGGAACAAGCAUUUGACCAGAAUGGACGACAGGGCUUUUUCAGGAACCAUAAGCGGGCCCAUGCUUCUGGACGUGUCCCUGACGGCGGUCUCCUCGCUGCCCGCUGCGGGCAUGGACUCUCUGCGGGAGCUGAAGGCGCGCGAGGCCUGGGCCCUCAAGAAACUGCCGCCCAUCAAAGCCUUCAAACACCUCACCGUGGCCAACCUCACCUACCCCAGCCACUGCUGCGGCUUCAAGAACCUCAAGAAGAAGCGGGGCUUUUUGGAAUACAUCAUCUGUAACUUAACGUCCUUCUAUGACCAGCACCACAAGCGCUCGGUGGGGCCCCUUCGCAUGCCGUUCCUACAAGGGGACAGCGUAGUCGAAAAGCCCACAGACCAGGAGCAGAGCGGCGGAGGCCACAGAGAGACCCAGAAAGACUGGAGGCGAGGAGACUUCCACGGCAGCCUUCACUACCACGCCUACUUCGGGGGCCAGCCGGACGAGGAGGUGGGUUUCGGAGAGACCCUCAAGAACCCCCAGGAGGACAACAGCCAAGACUUUGACAGCCGCUACGACUAUGUGGUUUGCGAGGAGGGCGAGGAAGUGUCGUGCGCCCCGGUGCCCGACGAGUUCAAUCCCUGCGAGGACAUCAUGGGCUUUGGCUUCCUGCGAGUGUCGGUGUGGUUCGUGAGCCUGCUGGCCGUCCUGGGAAACGUGGUGGUGCUCCUCGUGCUGCUGACCAGCCACUACAAGCUCUCGGUCUCCCGCUUCCUCAUGUGCCACCUGGCCUUUGCCGACCUGUGCAUGGGGAUCUACCUGCUGCUCAUCGCCUCCGUGGACCUCCACACGCGGUCCGAAUACUUCAACCACGCCAUCGACUGGCAGACCGGCGCCGGCUGCGGACUGGCCGGGUUCUUCACGGUCUUCGCCAGCGAGCUGUCCGUCUACACCCUGACUGUGAUCACCCUGGAGAGGUGGUACGCCAUCACCUUCGCCAUGAGGCUGGAUCGCAAGCUGCGCCUGCACCAUGCGGCGGCGGCGAUGCUGGGGGGCUGGAUCUUCUGCCUGCUGCUGGCCCUGCUGCCGCUGGUCGGGGUCAGCAGUUACCAGAAGGUCAGCAUCUGCCUGCCGAUGGACACCCACUCCGUCACGGCCCAGGUCUACGUCUUGUCCGUGCUGGUCCUCAACAUCCUGGCUUUUUUGGUCAUCUGCGCCUGCUACUUCAAGAUCUACUGCGCUGUGCACAACCCCCACUACCGCUCCGGAUCCAAGGAUACCAACAUCGCCAAACGCAUGGCCGUCCUCAUCUUCACCGACUUCCUGUGCAUGGCUCCCAUUUCUUUCUACGCCAUGUCUGCCGUUCUAGACCGGCCCCUCAUCACCGUGUCCAACUCCAAGAUUUUGCUGGUGCUUUUUUACCCCCUCAAUUCUUGCGCCAACCCGUUCCUCUACGCCAUCUUCACCAAGGCCUUCAGGGGAGACGUGUUCAUCCUCCUCAGUAAGGUGGGCCUGUGUCAGCAGCGGGCCCAACUUUUCCGAGGCCAGACGGUCUCAUCGAAGGGCAGCAGCGGCACGUUCCAGGUCCGGAGAGACAAGGCUAAGAGAGGAGGAAGCGCAGGCCAGGAAGACAUGCCCAUCCACCUGAAGAGGUGUUCCGGACGCGCCUACAACAAAGCAAUCGGUCAAAAGGCCAGCCCAGAGGAGAGCCAGGCCGUCGACACAGAGCUCCGGUAUUCCAAAUCCACCUCAGUUCUCAGACAAAGUUCAGCUGUUUUCACAAUUUCGGCUGUGAUGAUUUUACGGUUCCAGUUGUUGGAAAAUAUCAAGUGUCAC